AUGUGGCAUUCUUUAAAACCUUUAAAAUGUCACUGGAGGAAGAUUAUUGAAACUUGGAAAAAAGGAGAAGGAAGGGAUGAAUGUAGUGUACCAAAAGACCGCUUUCCUAGGCUUCUUAAUAUAUUAAUGAAAACCAUUAACGAGAAAUCUACUGACAAUUUAAAAGCUGGGUUUGAAAAAUGUGGCAUUUAUCCGUUAAAUCGAGAUAAAGUUUUAAAUAUGUUGCCUAGUGAGGACAACUAUGAAAAUACAACUGAAGAUGUGAAUAGUUCAAUUUGA